CGGCGCCUCUGUCUUUUCUCACACUCACGAACACCGCCAAAACCUGCGUUAAACUCCGCCAAGAGCGCGCAAACUUCGCUAACAGCAAAUAUGAGCGGACGAACUGUAACUGUACCUCGGACGUGUUGUUGUUUUCCCAGCGGGCACGGCGGAUCUAACGUGUCCCCUCUGUGAGCAGGGAGAGCGGAGCGCCCGGAGCCGCAGCUGGAUGGACGGGUAUGGGGAGGAGAGGGAGCCCGUCGGCGCUGGAUGUGUGCAGGCUGCUGAUCGUGUUGCUCUGGCUCUGUCCCUCCGUGAGCCUGCAGUGUAAGAUCCUCAAGUGUAACUCCGACUUCUGGGCGUCUACGGGUCAGACGGGUGCAGAGGAGGACUUCUGUGUGGCUCUGCGUGCGUACAACAGCUGUGUGCGGCGCACAGCGCGCACAUGCAGAGGAGACCUGGCCUAUCACUCCGCUCAGCACGGCAUCGAGGAUCUCAUGAUGCAACACAACUGCUCCAAAGAGGGCCCUACCACGCAGCCGCGCGUCAGGACCCCUCAGGCCCCGCCCCCUCAAGCCCAGCCCCCUCCCGACAGUCAGGAGCGCUCAGAUGGGCCCGAGGUGUGCCACUAUGAGCGCAGCCUGCCCCGUGGAGCCCCGCCCCCUAACUAUACCCACUGCGGCUUCUUUGGAGACCCCCACCUGCGCACCUUUGGAGACCACUUUCAGACCUGUAAGGUGGAGGGGGCGUGGCCUCUCAUUCACAACAAGUACCUGUCUGUGCAGGUGACCAACACCCCCGUGGUGCCCGGCGCCAUGGCUACGGCCACCAGCAAGCUCACAAUCAUCUUUAAGAACUUCCAGGAGUGUGUGGAUCAGAAGACGUACCAUGCUGAGACGGACGAGCUGCCGGCCGCCUUUGCUGAUGGCUCAAAGAAUGGAGGAGAGCGCCAUGGAGCCAACACUCUGCGCAUCGUGGAGAAGGUUCCCGGGGCACAUGUGGAGAUCCAGGCACGCUACAUCGGCACCACAAUUGUGGUGCGACAAGUGGGUCGCUACCUGACCUUUGCGGUGCGCAUGCCCGAAGAGGUGGUCCACUCAGCAGAGGAGGGGGACACCCAGGACCUGUACUUGUGUCUGCAUGGUUGCCCUGCCAACCAGCGCAUCCACUUCAGCGGGACAUUACAGUCCCCAGGCCGGAGCAGAGCUCAGGGCUUUACCUACCAUACGGCGAAGGCCAAGUGCAAGGAGAGGCUGCCUGUGGAGGACCUGUACUUCCAGUCCUGUGUGUUUGACCUGCUCUCUUCUGGGGACAUCAACUUCACUAUGGCCGCUUUCUAUGCUUUUGAGGACGUCAAGAUGCUGCACUCUAACAGCCAGCGCUACCACCUGUUUGAGGAGGACCUGAGGAGCAGAGCGGGCCCCGUGCCAGACCCCAGAGAGGCCCCUCUCUCUCUGCUGCUGCUGAGCCUCAGUGCUCUGCUGCUCUGGGGCCUAUAGACCUGCUCUGGUCUGUUUACAUGUGUGUGCUCCUCCAGUGUCAGGUCUGUGUCGUUUCAUUUAGUCACAUCAUCCAACGUGUAGACAGACGAGUCCUCGCCCAGCACCUGGAGAGACCAGCCCGAGACCAGCCCAGGAUCAAGGUGUGAACUGGGGGCACGGGACAGAGGCGAAGGGCUGAUAGGAGCAGACAGGAGCUCCAUCAGAUAGACUGAGUGCAAUGGCGAGAUGUGCAGCACAGCUCAGCUCUGUGCUGGUGUAAACAGAGAUUGAGGCCCAUUCCUCUGGAGCAGGGCCAGUGCUUCAGCCUGGUCUCUGCUCUCACCACAACAGUAGUGUGACAGCUGAUUGGACCAUGGCUUUGUCAAACUGCACUGAAUUAAUUGUGUAAAAUGGAGGAUGGUGAAUGUCAUUUACAGACUUCAUGUCUUGUGGCACAUUGGCAGAGCCUUGCCCUGGGGCAGGAAGGUCCCAGGUUUAUUUUCCCAGGCUGUGUGUUUUUGUUGCCGUGUGCAUGUUCUCCCUGGCGACCGAGAGGGUUUCCUCUCGGAGUCUACUCCACCUGCCCCCAUCACCUUAAGACACGCACACGGUAGAACCUGCAGCUGGGUCACCUCCAUGUACAGAAGGACCCGGGUGAGAGGCAGAGGGAAGACGUUCUACCUCUGCUCCAGUGGAAUCAGGCUCCAUCUUGUGUCAGUGGUGCUACUGUUAGAACAGGAGCUGGUAAAACAGUGUGUGUGAUGCAGUUUCAGGUCGUGUCACUUGUGUUUGAUCAGAUAUUUUUAGUCUGAAAUGUGAAUGGAGCGAACGGCAAAGGAACAAAGCAGGCCCAUGUGUUUACACUGUCUAUGAGCCAAUCAGAAUGAGCCUUGCACCUCAGAGGGAGACAGCAUCAGGCCUGCAUCUUCAUGAAGACAAAAUCAUGUUUGGUUCAGUCAAUAUGUUGAAUAUUUGAUAACCAUUUCCAUUGUCAGCUCAAUUACAUGAAAACAAACAAGUAAUGAAUCUAAACUGUAAAAAGUCUAAACCAGGUUCUACAAGAUUAGGACAAAAUUAAGAUGUGGAUUCUUUUGUUUAAAGGUGCACUAUGAAACCUUUUUGGUCUAAGGUCUGCCACCAGUUUGCCUCCAUGGAGAUAUUACUGCUUUGUUUAAAAUGUUCCACAAAGACAAGCUAAAGGUCAGAUCUGUAGAGACGACCCCGAUCACAGUAAGAAGGCAUAUUUUUAAAGACAGUUUUUUGCCCACAUAAACAUCUGUAAUUGAAUAAAUGCGAGAUAAAAAGUUAAAUCAAAUGCCAUUCUAGGCAAAGCAAUAGCAUCUCUACUGAGGCGAACACAGAAAAUGUUUCACAGUGUGACUUAAAAGUAAAAUCAUAGAAAGUUACAUUUAGUUGUAGCCAGCCUUGUGCCAACCUCCUCACAGCUCAGGCUCUCUCUGGUGGGCGCUCACUGGUGGGCACCCUCUGGGCAGCUGUCCCACUGCUGCUGUUCUGGCGUUGUGUGUUCAUUCUGCAGUAAACGUGUGGCGUUUGUACUUGUGUUUGGUGACUUUUACACUUGUGUUGUUUUGGUGAAUGUGAAACCUUUUUGUUUUUAAAGGGAUUGUACAGAACUUGAGCCCCAGUGAGCACGGCUUCUUCUCACCCAAACAGAGGCUGGACAUUUACUGUGAGUCCAGCUGUGUCAGAGCUGUGUCAGAGGUGUGAGAGAACGCUGCUGCAAUUGGAGCUCAUGUUUUGAUUGAAGCACUUUAUGUUCUUUGGAGCUUUUUAUGAAUUAGUUUUGUGUCAAAUAAAAAAGGGAUGCUAAUAUGAUGCCAGACAGAUGAACGUGUUUGUACAGUGACUCAUGCAGCUGUU